AGGGGAUCCCCCGGGCGCGGGGCCGCGGUGCGGCAGCGCGGAGCCCGGCGGGGGGGGCUGCGGGGCGCGGCGCUGCGGGCUCCGAGGGCUGCCCGGCCCGGCCCGGCCCGGCUCGGCCCGGCCAUGACCAUGAGCUCCGUCACCGAGAGCCUAUUGGGCUCCGACCCAUCCAAAACUUCUUUCCUGGAGCUCGGCCACCCCUCUCCUCCGCACUACCCGCUGCACGGCCUCCACCCCGCCGGCCACCCCCAGCACGACCCGUCGCCCUUCUCCUCCUACAGCCGGCCCGGUUCCUAUCCUUACCCCGGCGGUCCCCCCCCGCCGCCCCACGGCGGUCCCUACCUGCCCUACCCGCCCCAGCAUCCCCCGGCCGGGCUGGCCCACGGCGCCGGGCUGCAGGACGCAGAGCCCAACAAGCCCCCGCCGGUGGCCAACGGCGAGCUGCGCCUCAACGGCAAGGGGAAGAAGCUGCGCAAACCACGCACCAUCUACUCCAGCCUGCAGCUGCAGGCCCUCAACCAGCGCUUCCAGCAGACCCAAUACCUGGCGCUGCCCGAGCGCGCCGAGCUGGCGGCCCAGCUGGGGCUCACCCAGACCCAGGUCAAGAUCUGGUUCCAGAACAAGCGCUCCAAGUACAAGAAGAUCAUGAAGCAGGGCUCGAGCGCAGCCAACGAGGAGCAGCAGCACCUGCACACCUCCUCCUCGCUGUCCCCCUGCUCCCCCAGCAUCCCCCCGCUCUGGGACAUCCCUGUGCCGGGCAAAGGGCCCCCGCUGCCCCCCAACAACUACAUCAGCAGCUUCGGAGCCUGGUACCAGCCGCACCCGCAGGACUCCGUGCCCCGUGGUCCCAUGAUGUGACAGCACCAUGGCUGCAGCACCCGGCGGCUCCAGGAGGGCCAGCAAGGGGGGGGACGUGCCGCCAGGCCCUGAGGGGCGAUGCCAUGGGGGACCCCAGCAAAUGGAGGAUGGCGAAGGGGAGCGAGGAGACUGCUGUCUGCAGGGACCCCCAUUGAGGGCUGAAGUGAGAUGUCCCCGGCACAGAGCCCCGGUAUGGGCAGGACAGGACUUGGCCACGGCACAGCCCCGGCUCCAUGGGCACAGAGGGGCUGAAGGGGUUCCCGGACCCCCUGAUCCCAGACCUGGCUUUAUUUAUAAGCGCCAUCUGUGACCCUAUGUGCCCCCUGUUCUAAACAGGCUGUACAAUUGUAAAGUAAAGACUGCUCCUCGGUA